CGACGCAGCAGCACCAGCAGCGGCAGGAGCCUCGGCGGCGGCGUCUCUCUCCGGCUCUCCCGCCUGCCUGCCGGUCCCGGAUGGCUGCUGGGCGUCGCUCGGUGCCAGGCUGAGCCGGGAGCCCUGCGGGGAGCCAGCCGCGUCGCCGCCGGAGUCAGGUGCGGUCGCUGCCCCCUCCACCCUCGUCCAAGAUGCCGGAGCAGAGCAACGACUACCGCGUGGUGGUGUUUGGGGCGGGGGGCGUCGGGAAGAGCUCGCUGGUGCUGCGCUUUGUCAAGGGCACCUUCCGCGACACCUACAUCCCCACCAUCGAGGACACCUACCGGCAGGUCAUCAGCUGCGACAAGAGCGUCUGCACCCUGCAGAUCACGGACACGACCGGCAGCCACCAGUUCCCCGCCAUGCAGCGCCUCUCCAUCUCCAAGGGGCACGCCUUCAUCCUGGUCUUCUCCAUCACCAGCAAGCAGUCCCUGGAGGAGCUGAAGCCCAUCUACCAGCAGAUCGUGCAGAUCAAGGGCACCGUGGAGAGCAUCCCCAUCAUGCUGGUGGGCAACAAGUGCGACGAGACCCAGCGGGAGGUGGAGACCCAGGAGGGCGAGGCCGUGGCCAAGGAGUGGAAGUGCGCCUUCAUGGAGACCUCGGCCAAGAUGAACUACAACGUCAAGGAGCUCUUCCAGGAGCUCCUCAACCUGGAGAAGCGCCGGAACAUGAGCCUCAACAUCGACGGGAAGCGCUCCAACAAGCAGAAGCGGACAGACAAAAUCAAGGGCAAGUGCAGCCUGAUGUGAGGCCCCCCCCCUUCCUCCUCUUCCUCGUCUCCAUCAUCAUCCUCCGCACUCCAGACUCGGCCACACGUCCACCAUUCCUCCUCGCCCCUCUCUCUCUCUCCUGUCUUUAGCACUGCAGCAGCGUUAGGGAUGCUGUGAUGCCUCCAGCUCGCCCGCCACCGACUCUCCAUCUUGGCUCCCUCCAUUGGGCAAGGGUGGACAACGCAAUUUCGCCCUGGAGGGUCCGGACUCCUGGGUCCUCCUUGCAGCCAGAGCGCAACCUCCCCUCUCCUCUGCUUGUUCCUCUUUGACUCUCACACAACAGAGGACCCCGGGACCCACGGCACUGGGUGGCCAUGAGUGGGAGAUAGUGGCAUGGGCUGGGGGCGGGGGCGGUUUCUCCACCCGCCCCCAGCAGGGCCACGCCUCCACCUGGCAUGCCGUCUGAACUGAGGAGCCUCCGCCACCUCCAUACGGGGCUCCAGAGGGUGGGAGUGGAGAGAGACGUCGUCACAGGGGGUCUGUGGGUUGGCCUGCACACUUUGUGGGGCCAAGGACUCUUCUUGGACUCCAUUCCUUGCCGGGGACGGCACUCUCCGCCCCACCCUUCUGCCUGCGGGCUGCACAACGAGAGAAAUGCACAAAUCCCAGCUGGGUGGGCUUUUCCCUCCCCUCCCCCUGCUCCUGUUUCCAUUCAAAAGGGUCCUGGAGGAAAAGCACAGCCCUGAAAUCCCUUCAGUCGCCGUAGCCCUGGUGGGAGUCUGUCUCAGGGUGCCUGCAGCUCGUCCGACUAGGAGGGCCUCCUUGGCCAUUUUGGCGGGUGAGAGCCUCUCCUUUCUGGGCCUGUCAGAGGCUCUUUCCAGAUCGAACUUCUGAGCUGGGUGGGGGCUUCAGGAGGGACCUGCUGAGCCACGCCUGGCAAAGGCCAAGCACAGAACAGAGGCCUUGAGGCUCCCGGCCUCUCCAGAUGCUGCCGAGAGGGGACUUCUGUGUUCACUUCUGGAACCGGAGAAGAGGAUCUUCUCACCUCCUGCCCAGCAAGACUCAGCAGUCAGAAGGGACAGAAGAAGCCUCCCACCCCAGCCGGGCUUCAGACGUUGCCUUCUCCGCCCUCCGCUCGCCUCUCUUCUUUUCUUUUGUGUUUUUGUUGAUAUGCCAAACGAAGAGACACUUUGCAACUUAAGACAUUUUCAAAACAGUUAUAGUAGCUUUUUCCCCCUUUUUUAAAACUUUAGUGGUUUAUUUUCAAAGCAACUUAAAAACCAACAACAAACCAACAGCACAUUUUCUAGCCAGUGAGGGAGGAGGUGAGUACUCAGUUUGUCCAGGAAAGAGCCAGCGUUGAAGCAGCGGGGGUGGUGGCUUCGGAGGAGGAGGAGGAGCAGCUCUGAGCUAGCCCUUGGCUAGAAGCCCCAGCACCUUUGGAUGCAAUGUGCUGCGCAUCUCCUCCACUCUCUCCAUGGAGCUCAAGGUGGGUUCUCUCGAGAAGCCUGCAGUGUUGAAAUGAGAGGGGUUGAGGGAGAGAUCCAGCAGGAAACCUUGCACAGCAAAAUGUGUCUGCCCCUACAAUCUGCGUCCUGGACCCUGUUCCCAGUGCAGCUCGGUUGGGGACCAGGGGCCUAAUUCUGACUGCAGAAUUGGGAGUUAUAGAGCCAUGAAGCACAUCAGGAAGAUCCUGUGUUUACAUCCCAAGAAUAGGUAAAAUAUCACCCCCUCCUUUAGCCCCACAACACCCCUGCGAGGUGGAACAGGCUGCAAGAGGCUAACUUUCUGAGGUCGGCCUAGCCAGCCUGAUGCAGUAGCUAAACAGAGUGUGCAGCCCAGCUCUUCCCUAGGGCGGCCAACACACCCACCCCUAAACCUCUGCCGAUUCUGGCGGGGGGGGGGGAGUCAGGUCACGUGCCCUCCUCUCUUGGGCUCCCCACACACUCACUGUCUGUGCCGAAGCUCUGGGGCAAGCUAGAGAAGGAGCCCCUCCCCUGUUCCAACGUGCCCCUGAAUCAUGGAAGAAAAGAAGCCAGAAUGGUUUGCAAUGGUUGAAGGGAGGGAACAGAAGGCAGCUGUGGAAGAGGCUGGAUGUUGAUGCAGAGGGGACAAGGCCAGAUGGAAGAUGCAGAAGCCUUGCCACAUAGUCUCGGUGAGAAGCGCUUGAUGGGAGACCCAGCUCAGGCACUCGCCCCCUUCCUCACUGGGCCUGAGGAGGCACUUCUCAUCAAGAACGUAAACUCCCCCCAGGGAAGUGGGCGGAGGCCUGGGUUGAAUUCACUGCAGUUCUCUGCGGAUAGAAUUCCACAUGACUUGGUAUAUGUUUUAUUUCUCCAUAUUAAUACCCUUCCCCUGACCACCUGAUUUACACAAUCACUCGAAACUAGGUUUAAUGUGGGUCACCCACAUUAGCAUGUUUGUGUGAACCUGCAGGAAGGCGGGAAUCUCAGAUUCCUCUCGGGCCACCAAAACACUUUGGUGUGAGUUCUCACAAUGACAUUAAUGUCAGUGACCCACGGUCAACCUACAUUCAGAUGACUGUGUACACCAGAUUGGUGUUUAAAAACACAAAACUGGCUUGUCGUUUUGUUAAAACCCAGCCAUUUGGCCAGCCCUCUUGAAGUGUAAGGCAGACUCUGCAUAGGCUCUGAGGCUGGAGGGUAGCAGAGGAGAGCAGUCCCUGGGCCUUGCCUCUGUCCUUCUCUCGCCACCUCUCUUCUUCAGUCACACAGAGGAAGCUGCCUUCUACCCAGUCAGACCAUUGGUCCUUCUAAGGUCAGUAUUGUCUACACAGACUGGCAGCAGCUUCUCCUAGGUUACAUCUAGGGGUCUCUUCCAGCCUUAUCUUGGAGAAGCCAGGGAGGGAACUGGAAACCUUCUGCUCUUCCCAGAGCGGCUCCAUCCCCUGAGGGGAAUAUCUUGCAGUGCUCACACUUCUAGUCUCCCAUCCAAAUGCAACCAAGGUGGACCCUGCUUAGCAAAGGGGACCAGUCAUCCUUGCUACCACAAGGCCAGCUCUCCUGGUCUGCACUGCCCUCCCUUCUUGCCCACCACGUUCUCCCCCCCCCCCCGCCCUUGACUCAUUUCCAAAUUUUGCAAGCAGUAGCCCAGCAGGAGGCGAGCUGAAAGGUGGAGCCCCUUUUCACACAAGAGGGCUGUUCUCACUAUCGGGGCUUGUGUCCUAUCCAAGUUCGGAGCUGCACAUGCUCCCAAUUUCUGGUCAUCUGCGCAUAGAACAGAGUCGGAGGGGUGGGGAGCUUGUUUGUGUGUGAAGCCCCAGCUGCGUAGGGUGCGCCAGACCUACGUGGCUUCCGUCCCCAGCUUCAGAACAAGCUGGGAGGAAAAACCCUCCGACCCAGCUGGGGCUGAGCAUGCCAUCAAGCUCCCCGCCUCUGACCUUGUUUCGCACUCACAGACGACCAGAAAUCAGCUCCUGGACGGGGUCAGGAGGCAUCUCCUACCCUAGCAACCGUCGUGUGAACCAAUAGGUCAAAUUUGAGUUUCCCCUGUGGGGAGUUUGGGACGAAAUUUGGUUUCAUUCUCUUGCUCAUUGACAGUAGUUGUGGGGAGCAGCUAGUAGUUUGUUUUGUCCGAGUGCAAGUUCGGGCAGGAGUGGGAGGUCCUGUUGGAUUCCACCAUGAGCAGGAGGUGGCAGCAGCAGUGCUGGCUCUGAGCUGUGCCUUGCUGAGACUAUCAGGACCCCCUCCCUGGGUGAGCAUGGCUUUCCUCCCUCCACUCCUCUUCUUUGAAGGAAAGCUGGGGUAGCCGCUUGCAAACAUCAACAUAGUUUGGAAUUUCCCCCCUAAAAGAAUUCACCGUGGCUAGCACAAUGGAUAUCCCCACCACCUGCCCCCAGCCUUGUAGCCUGCAAAACAGAGGAGCCCCCUCCAGUGUUCCCUCAUCAGGGAUUCCCAGAUGUUGACAACUACAGCUCCCAGAAUCCCCAGCUGCAAUGGCUUUUGCUUGGGGAUACUGGGAGUUGUAGUCCACAACAUCUGGGAAUCCCUGUUAGAGAGAAUACUGGCCCCCUCCCCUUUCCCAGGUGCUGCAUGAAGAACUUUCCUCCCUCGCCGACCAAAGCACAAGACCCCCAGCUCCCAGUGGAGCAGUUCAUCUUAGCACACGGGCAGCUGGGAAGGGCACAGGCAGCAGGCUUGACGUGGUGUCUGUGUUCAGACCCUCCAAGUGGGACAUAAGGCUGGGUCAGGCCAGGCCAAACGUUCCUAAAACACACACACACACACACACACACACAGCUUUCUAAUUUGAGUUGUGACAUGUUGUGUAAACAGAAAAAAAACCCUGGCAAAGGUUCCACAUGCAAAGGGGCAGGAUUCUGGCUUGGCAUGUUUUGGAUCUUCCCCUUUGAUGAGAAGCUACUGGGAGGAAAUGUCCUUUCGAGUCCUCGAACCAGGCCUACGAAUUUUUGCCCUUUGAAUCAUCACAGGGGACAUAAGAACUUAAGAAGAACAUACGAACGGCCCUGCUGGAUCAGGCCCAAGGAGGCCCAUCUAGUCCAGCAUCCCAUUUCGCAUAGUGGCCCAGCAGAUGCCGCUGGAAGCCACAAAUGCUCUUAGUUGUUUUUAGCAACAUCUGUCCCCCUAGAGAUGGAAAUGAGGUGAUAGUAUAGUUGCCCUGGACGCUUUCUGGGUGUUAUCAGUUCUUCUUUGUCCCAUCCCCCCACCCCGCCAACAAUUACGGCCAAAUUGCAGUCAUUUUUGCACAGAGGACAGGGUUAGAGUAGUAAUGAACAACUUCUUGUUCUCUCUCCAUGGGAUAAUCUUUGGAGAACAUUCCUGCUCUUUUUAAUUUCCAUUCCUCUGACAAUAUCAAUAAAAUGUUGUCAUAGUUUUUGUCAGCAUGAAAGCAUGAUAAACCACUGAUAGCUGGAACUCUUGUAGUGCUAUCACCUCUUUUCCAUCUCUAGGGGUGGAGACCUUGUCAGAAAACCCCAUGGAGCAUUCAGGCUCCCAGAUGGUACCGACCACUCCAGCCGACUCAUGUACUACCGGGCCCCCAACAUGAGGGGUGUGGCACGGACCUCUUUUGGGGAUGGAUGGCCCUGUCAUUUUAUAGGAACAUAGGAAGCUGCCACAUACUGAGUCAGACCAUUGGUCUAUCUAGCUCAGUAUUGCCUACACAGACAGGCAGCGGCUUCUCCAAGGUUGUAGUCAGGAAUCUCUCUCAGCCCUAUCUUGGAGAAGAUGCCAGGGAGGGAAUUUGGGAACCUUCUGCUCUUCCCAGAGCGGCUGCUCCACCCCUUGAGGGGAAUCUCGUCCAGUGCUCACACAUCUAGUCUCCCUUCAUAUGCAACCAGGGUGGACCCUGCUUAGCUAAGGGGACAAGUCAUGCUUGCUGCCACAAGACCAGCUCUGUAGGACCCCACCAUGGUCUCCCCACCCGCAUGUGUGUUUCCUCUCCCUACCUGCUUUGUCCCCUAGGAAUUCCAGCUUCUCCAGAGUUGGAUCAUCUGAAAUGCUGUGUUUACUCGCCAGUCACUCUACGCCCCUCCAAGCAGCCCUCAACUUGGCUGGAAUCCCAGAGGGGGGUGGGGGGGCCUCCAUCACUGUGAGGUUCAGAAGGGAUGUUCCAAAAAACCAAGUUGCCCUUAACUAUUAAGGCUGCUGCUCAAUUUUUAAUUAACCAUAAUUGUAUUUUAAUUAAGGCUGCCUGUGGCCUGAGAGUCAAGCGAAAUCUGCAAAUUGAUAACUAAAAACGUGGCCCUGAUUCAGUCAAAAUGUUUUUAGUAGAUGAACCCGAUUGAUAAACAUCAGCCCAUCCCUGUGCCUGUUUAUUCAGAAGUACCUUCUGCUGUGUCCAUACAGCCCCCGUUCAUCAUGCACUGCAAGGUUAGGGGGAAACCCGCUGAGAUCACAUCAUUCCUGGAUCGCUUCUCAGAUUCACAGAGUGGGAAGGAUCCUUGGAGGGCUUCUAGUCCAACCCUCUGUUCAGGGCAGGAAUCUGCUCCAGUGUCUCCAGCUGACAACUGUCCAGCCGCUGUUUGAAAAUCUCCAGUCAAGGAGAGCCCACAACUGCAUGAGGCAGGCUGUUCCACAGUCCAACAGCUCUUAGUUAGGAAAUUCCUCCCACUGUCCAGCCUGAGUCCACUCCCUUGCCAUUCCGGAAUCUUUUUACUCUGCUUUCAGUCCGGGAUUUCUCACUGCCCUGCUAAGAAAGCAGACUUUUACUUCUCCACCUUCUUCUAAGCUGCAAGCUCUGAAGGCCCUAAGUAGCUUCGGAGCAGGGAGGGCUGUCCACCUAACAGGCCGGCUGCUACUGGUGUUAGGACUGCAGCGAAAGAGGCUCGGAUUCAGUACAGCAGUGUCAUCUUAUUUAUUUAUUUAAAAUAUUUCUACGCCGCCCAAAACUUGCGUCUCUUGUUUGUGUGGCUGGGCGGGCUACUGAGCAGAGGUGUGCAGAGCCACAGCUGUGUGGGAGGAGAGCGGGCCUUGUGGUAGCAAGCAUGGCUUGUCCCCUUAGCUAAGCAGGGUCCGCCCUGGUUGCAUAUGAAUGGGAGACUUGAUGUGUGAGCACUGCAAGAUAUUCCCCUCAGGGGAUGGAGCCGCCACUCUGGGAAGAGCAGAAGGUUCCAAGUUCCCUCCCUGGUGGCAUCUCCAAGACAGGGCUGAGAGAGAUUCCUGCCUGCAACCUUGGAGAGGCUGCUGCCAAUCUGUGUAGAGCCAGGGUUUCUCAACGUGUAGGUCCCCAGGUGUUCUUGGACUUCAACUCCCAUAAUCCCCAGCCCCAGUGGCCUUUGAUUGGGAAUUAUGGGAGUUGAAGUCCAAUUACAUCUGGGGACCCACUUGUUAGGAAUCUCUGGUGUCGACAAUACGCUAGUUAGACCAAUGGUCUGACUCAGUAUAUGGCAGCUCCCUAUGUUCCUAUGAGGGGGCCCUGAGAAGAAAAGUGAAGAUGGCCCUGCAUCCCCACCUCCUCCUUGGGAGAGACAGGAGGGGGAGGGACAAGGCGCUGGCCAGCCGGUGAGCCACCUUUCCUUAGAGCCCAGGGACCUCACCCCCGGCUUGUUCACUUCUAGCUACGCCUUGUUCCUGAGCCUUUCCCCCGGAGCCUUGAACUUGCCUCUGCUGUUGCUUUUGUGGUUUGUGUAGGAAUGAUCUGGCCUCUUGGCUGGCACCACAAACGCUCAGCUCCUUUCCUCCUUCGUCAUAGGAACAGAGGAAGCUGCCUUCUACGGAGUCAGACCAUUGUUCCGUCUAGCUCAGUCUUGUCUACACUGAUUGGCAGCGGCUCUCCAAGGUUUUGGGCAGGCCUCUCUCCUGUCCCUACCUGGAGAAGCUGCCAGGGAGUGAACCUGGGUCCUUCUGCAGGCAAAGCAGAUGCUUUCCCCCUGAGCCAUGGCCCCAUCCCCUAAGGGGAAUAUCUUACAGCAGCCUGUGCUCACACAUAGUCACCCAUCCAAAUACAUACCAGGGAAGGCUCUGCUUAGCAAAGGAGAUGAAAAGAAAUGGGCAGAAACAGAGGAAGCUGCCUUAUACUGAAUCAAACCAUUGGUCCAUCUAGCUCAGCGUGGUCAACUCUGACUGGCAGAGGCAGCAGAGGGGACAGACCGUGCUCACUACUGCAAGACCAGCUCUCCCCCCACCCCCUUGCAGAGCUGUUUGGAAAGUGAGGUGGGCCUCUUUGUCAGCUAGAAGGGAGACAGCGAAAAGAGUGAGCAGGGCAAGAUCCUGGGUCGGCAAUCCCCCCUCGUGUCGGACUCCAACUCCGACUCGGGCUUUCGUGUUGGAGGCUCACUUUGGCUUAUAUUUGCUUGAGAGCAGACUCCCAGCCCUUAGGACUGCAGAGACAGACCCAGAAGUGGGCACGCUGCCGGAGGGGGUGAAAGGGUUGGCCGGAGUGGGGAGGGACAGGAAGCAGCCCUGCCUCCCAUCUUCUCGCUGGCAGAAGCAACAUCAGCAUCUAUAAAAAAUAUGAUGAAUUGGCACAAUUUUAUACUGGUUAUUUACAAAGCGCCGGGGUUGACUCGGUUGCAGGAGUCAGCUCUCUUGGGCACAGGAUUCCUGUGACCUUGAUGCGGAGGGAUGAAUCCUUAGCCCUGUGCAUCUAGACCAGCACAAGGGGGUCCGGACAGAAGCAAUGCUCCCACCCCCAACAUACACACACACACACUUAUAGGUCAUGUGGUGUCACUGAUUUAUUCCUUUGAAGAGGUGGCCAUGCGGUUUCUGGAUCUCCUCGUGCCCCCUUUGGAGGUGAGAGCGUGGGGCCUGCUGGGGCCCCCACUGCAGCCCCAUGGGGACUAUCUGAUCUUCGUGCAGUGCCAAAAUCUGCACCCUCCUUUUACACAAGAGUUUCUCGCUGUUGAGGGCUGGGCAGCCUGUGUGUGGCGAGGAGGCUCCGAAACAUGGAGUGGGACCCCCGGUUUCAUUCCUGCAUUGCCUGUGGUUGACAUACUCUCUCUACGAUGCAGCCGGUCCGAGGACUCGGAAAGCGUUGCCAUCUUCCCAGCUAAGAGACUGUCUUGACUACUGAAUGGUGCUUCUCAAACUCCAAACGAAGGCAGCCUGUGCAUUGUACAUAAAACCGUCCUGACUAGGUUCCCUCUCGAUGCCAGCAUGACAAUAUUAGCUACCGUGCAUACCUGGCUUUUUAAAGAGAAUAAUAAUAAUAACAAUAACAAUAAUAAUCUAAUGAUAAUGUAAUAAUAAAACGGAAGCAAACCAAUGGUACAAUGUAGCCUUUCUUCUAGAACUAGUCUUCCUUGAAUGGAUGAAUAAAAACGGAUUUAUCCCA